AAGUAUCGAUACAAAUCUAGAUAAUUCGCCUGGUCUUGAUAUUUUUUUGUUUUGUAUUAUGAAGACUAUUAAUGUCAGUUUCGCUGUAAAUAAUGAGCAUAAAAAUAUAUUUACCUACCGAAUACUUCUAUCUAAAGCGGACCUGCAAUCUGUAUGGACAGUUACACAUCAGCGAGGACAAUGUUGUCGUAUAUUAUGUGAUGGAUGUUGACAGCUAUAAGCCAGACUCUGAUUCCAAUAAAAUGCGAUUCUUGGGAGCAAUCCUAUGCAAUGAUUCCUUUGCGGACUCAAGCUAUUGCCGUUCACAUGAUAUGAUCUUAUGUUUUACUUAUACUAAGGACUCGCCAAACAUUUCACUCAUCUUCACUGGAAUAACGCCCGAACGUCUAAAGCCAAUCAAACUGAUACUUUAUGAUCAAGAAAUAGUGCGCAGCCUGGUUGUUAAAGGACAGAACACACUCAACCACUGGACAAGAGAGGGUCAUGAUGAGUGUGACUUCUAUAUGCUGGCUCAUUUAGUCCAACCCAAACCAGAUGUUUGCAGUAACUCAGCUGGUUUAUCUUUCUAUGGAAGUCGACCCCUAAGUUUACUUGCAAAUAUGCCAAUGCAGUUGCUUGAAAAUAUUAUCGGCAAUACAUUCGUGAAUAGUAUAAUAACCCAUACUGUUAUCUAUAGGCAUUAUAAGGAAUGGCAAUUGAUAUACGCAAAUGGUUCUAGAUUGAGUAAUAUAAUAAUAGAUCGAGCAUUGGGCAUUAUAUUGAUGCUGACAUUAUUUACGCUUGUUUCGCAUCCAGGUGAUUACCUUAUUCAAAUCUCCCACAUCAUUAUAAAUCAGUUAUACAGCCUUCUGAAAGUUUUGGAAGGGAGUCCUAUCGGCCUGAAGCUCAACAUACACCUGAAUAAUUUUUUUCUUGAUUGCUUUAAAUAUCACAUCGAAUUGUGGUCAACAUUUUUGGACUUAAUUGAACCAAUUGUACGACAAAUUUUUCUCGCAAUUGGUGCUUUUGGAUGUUUUGGACUUACAUAUCAAAUAGCACUCCUUGCUGACUUAAUAUCAAUUGUUGGCUUACAUGCCCAUUGCUUUUACGUUUAUACCAAAGUGUUGAACAAUGUUGAACUAAAGGGGCUUUCAGUAUUAUGGCAAGUGGUACGGGGCAAUCGUUAUAAUAUUUUAAGAAAUAGAACCGAAGCCCAUAACUAUAUGAAUCGACAGCUUUACCUAGCAACGAUAUUCUUUUCUGCAAUAUUAUUCUUAUUUCCGACUACUCUUGUCUACUAUAUUGUUUUUGCAACCUUAAAGGCCCUUACUUCUGCCACAUUAGCGAUUCUAGAUUUUAUCCGUCGCAAGCUUUUAAAUUUUCCCAUCGACAUUUUUCUUAAAUACUUUAGAAAAGGCUUUAAUGAAAUUGAUUCCCUAAGAGUCCUGGACAUCCCACUCCAAAAACAAUUAGUUUUUACACAUCGAAAUUCUGAAAUAUUAAUAUUUGUAUAUAAGCUUCAAGUUUAAAACGAUUAAAAACGUAACGUCAAGGAUUUAA